AUGAGAUCAGUGAGUAAAGCAGCAUGGCAUCUCCGCCUGACUCCAGCAUGUGGGUGUAAAGUCCUUCUUCGCUCUGUGAGGACCAACAGUGACAUAUCAUGCCAAGUGACCUCAUCUAAUGCCACGUUUCCCUCCAUCUCCUUCCCAGAGACUGACUACCCCAAGGUUCUUAUUACAGGUACUUUUAUCUAUGCUGAUAUUUUGGACUACAAGAAUUUACGGGAGAUUGUUGUGAACAAUCGUAUCACUUGGCUGGUGCAUUACAGUGCCCUUUUGAGUGCAGUUGGCGAGGCAAAUGUGCCUCUUUCUCGUGAUGUCAACAUAACUGGAUUGCACAAUAUCCUUGACAUUUGUGCAGAACAUGGGGUUCGCAUAUUUGUUCCUAGCACAAUUGGAGCUUUUGGACCGACAUCCCCUCGAAACCCCACACCAGAUCUGUGCAUUCAACGCCCAAGAACCAUAUAUGGUGUGUCCAAGGUCCAUGCAGAGCUGAUGGGAGAGUAUUACCAUCACAAAUAUGGCCUUGACUUCCGUUGUCUGAGGUACCCAGGCAUCAUCUCAGCAGACUCUCAGCCUGGAGGAGGAACAACAGACUAUGCUGUCCAGAUCUUUCACGAUGCUGUUAAAACAGGCAUAUUUGUGUGCAACUUGAAGGCUGACACACGCCUCCCUAUGAUGUAUAUUGUCGAUUGUCUGAGAGCUACACUGGAGAUGAUGGAGGCUCCUGCUGAGACGCUUAGCAUGCGUACCUACAACAUCAAUGCCAUGAGCUGUACUCCUGAAGACCUUGUUCAGGAGGUACAGAAGCAGCUGCCUGGCCUACACAUCAUUUAUAACGUUGACCCAAUUAGACAGGCAAUUGCCGACAGUUGGCCCAUGAACUUUGAUGACAGCAACGCGAGGAAAGAUUGGGGCUGGAAGCAUGAAUAUGAGCUACCAGAACUCGUCCAGACAAUGCUGAACUUUAUCUGCACUAACUCCAGACUCACACAUUCUAACUGAACAUCAUGAUUCAGUUACAACAAUGUGCACAGUCAGGCACAGUAUCCAUUGUCCAUACUAGAUCCAACCAAAGAAAAAGUCUAGAGUGAGGAUGGGCAUUAAAUUACAGUAUCCUGAAUCUUGCUGGACAUUUUGGUGCCAGUAAAGUUAGGUGACUUAAAAUAGGGAAAUAGUUUCUAGAUACUUGGAAUGUAGACCUACGGGUACAUGUAGGUGAAUUGUGAACAUGCUAGAACAAACAACUACUAUAUACAGUAUGGAACAGAUAAAGCUCAGACAUCCAUUUAAACACUGAGGACAAACACUGAGGUUUUUUUUCUAA